CGUGUGACGGAGCGCCUUCUCCUGCCCGGAAGUGCCGGGGGCGCGCUGGGAACCGGGUGGGCGAGCGGGCACCUCUGCGCCCGCCUUCCUCCUCCUCCUCGUCAUGCCCAAGGUGGUGUCGCGCUCCGUGGUUUGCUCGGACACGCGCGACCGCGAAGAGUACGACGACGGCGAGAAGCCGCUGCACGUCUACUACUGCCUGUGCGGGCAGAUGGUGCUGGUCCUGGAUUGUCAGCUAGAGAAGCUGCCCAUGAGGCCUCGAGACAGGACCCGAGUGAUUGAUGCUGCCAAGCACGCACACAAAUUCUGUAACACUGAAGAAGAGGAAAAUGUUUAUCUCCGCAGGCCAGAUGGCAUCGAACGGCAAUACAGGAAAAAGUGCGGAAAGUGCGGAUUGCUUCUCUUUUACCAACACCAGCAGAAGAACGCUCCGGUGACAUUCAUUGUUGAUGGUGCCGUGGUCAAAUUUGGACAGGGCUUUGGAAAAACAAAUAUCUACACCCAAAAGCAAGAGCCACCCAAGAAGGUGAUGAUGACAAAACGGACCAAGGAUAUGGGCAAGUUCAGCUCCGUCACUGUCUCCACCAUUGAUGAAGAGGAGGAGGAGAUUGAAGCGCGAGAAAUUGCAGAUUCGUAUGCUCAGAAUGCCAAGGUGAUCGAGAAGCAGCUGGAGCGGAAGGGGAUGAGCAAAAGGAGGCUGCAGGAGCUGGCUGAGCUGGAAGCUAAGAAGGCCAAAAUGAAAGGAACUCUCAUUGACAACCAGUUCAAAUAGGAAGCGCCAGAAUAGGGGAAAAGCUGAGAAAUGUUGCAACACUGCCAUCUCCUUGUGGUGCUUCUGUGAAAUCCGGAUGCCCCUAUUAAGAAACACGUUGGUGGUGGUGCCCACUUGUUAGAUGGAACUGUUCCAUUCCUGCCAUGGACUUUGUAUUUUAUUCUGUGGUGUGUGCUGCCCUGUGUGUUUAACGUCUGCUGACACCUUUUGGAUUUAUAUGUCCAAGGGACAUCUUGCCCUAAAUGUCCUAGCAAGCAAAGCAGCCAUCUGGCAAGUAUGUGUACAGGGGCAUUACCUUGACUCUGUUGAGGUGAGCUUUUUUCAUUUGUAUACGAUCAUAUGCACAUCUAAAGUUUGUACUGAUAAAGCAGAAACCGUGUACAGAAUAAUAAAUCUUUGGUAACUUA